GGUGUCUGAUUAAACGAGAAGGAAGUGUGGGAGUGGAGGCUGCGAAGCUCUCCCUUUAAGAGGCAGCCUGCAAUGACGAAUUGUUGAAAUUGCCAUUGCAGGAUGGCAUUCCACUAUAAAUUCAUUGUUCCACCUCCUCUCAUCUUCACAGCUCUCGCUCUUCUCCUCUUGUUCACAUCGGCGGACUGGGGAUAACGCCGCCGCCGCCAAACACCCAUUAAACUCGGAGAGGGAGGAGGGGGAACCUUGAGAAUCUGGGACCUUUCUCCCACCCCCUGGCCGGCAAGGGAGGGCUUGUUUUCUCCUACCUCUCUCUGUCUCACACACAUUCACUCACUCACUCUUUCUGCCGUCCGCCUCUCCAAACCAACUCAUCAACCCAAAAAACAAGGGGACGGAGGAAGCCGGCGAGAGCCUCGGAGCUGUGCCAGAGCCGACCUCGCUCCCGUCGGAUGACUCGGUGGCCGAGAGAGCGAGCGAGACAGAGCGAGGCGCAAAGUCCCAACUUCGCCGAUGCCUCCUGGCUGCUGCGAGAGCCGCGUCUCCCUCCCACCGAUGCGCUCUUGACUCGUCCGGCGAAGACUUCUCCAGCCUUUUGUUUUCCACCAGCCUGUCCCGUUCGCGCCCCGAUCUGCCCGAUCUCCCGCCCGGAUCGCCGACCCGGCAAUCGAUUAUCCGUCUGCUGCUGCUGCUGCUGCGGAGCCCACCAUGCUGCUGAAGUUGCCUUGCCCUCCGCUGCCGGCGCUGCUGCUGCUUGCAAGCUUGCAAGCGGCUGCCUCGGCCGUCGGAGUUUCCCCGGCAACUUCAGCACCUGCCUAUGAUAAAGCUGUGCAGCUCUCCAAAGCAGCAGCAGCAGCGCCGCCGCCGGGCGCUGCGCCCCCCUUCUUCGUCCCGGAGCAGCAACAGCAGCCACGCGGGUCCAGCGGCCUCGUGGAGCGCGUGGACCAGACGUACUCGGGGGGCGGCAAGGUGGGCUACGUCCUGUACGCCGGCGGGCAGCGCUUCCUGUUGGACCUGGAGAAGGACGCGCUGCUGGGCUCCGCGGAGCAGCUGCUCCAGGGCAAGGGGCGCUGCUACUACCGCGGAACCGUGGACGGUAGCGCGCAGUCCUUGGCCGUCUUCGACCUUUGCGGCGGCUUGGACGGCUACUUCGCGGUCAAGCACGCCCGCUACACGGUGAAGCCGCUGCGUCUGGCAGACGACGGCGGGAAAGGGGCCGAGGAGGAGGAGGAGGAGCCCGCCCGGGAGCGCAUCUACGACGGGGAGUCCGCGCGGGUGGCGCACCUCUUCUCCAAGGAGCACUUCAGCUUCCAAACGGUGCCUUCUCGGCCCAGCUGCGAGACGCGCGGCUCGCCCAAGGUGCCCUUUCUGGACCAGAAGAGGCUGGGCCUGCGGCAGGAGGAGACGGAUUUCACCACCAGGGCGGCGCUGUCGGGAAACUUCUCCCCGCCGGCCAGCCUCCGAAGCAGAAAACGGCGCUCCAUCUCGCGGGCCAGGCAGGUGGAGCUUCUGCUGGUGGCCGACGACUCCAUGGCCAAGAAGUACGGCAAGGGUCUCCAUCACUACCUGUUGACCUUGGCCACCAUUGCCUCCCGCCUCUAUGGACACGCCAGUAUUGAGAACCACAUCCGCCUGGCGGUGGUGAAGGUGGUGGUGCUGGGGGACAAGGAGAAGGGCUUGGAGGUGAACAAGAACGCAGCCACCACCCUCAAGAACUUCUGCAAGUGGCAGCACCAGCACAACCAACUGGACGACCAACACGAGGAACAUUACGACGCUGCCAUCCUCUUCACCCGUGAGGAUUUAUGUGGGCACCAUUCAUGUGAUACUCUGGGAAUGGCUGACGUUGGAACCAUAUGCUCUCCUGAGCGCAGCUGUGCAGUGAUUGAAGAUGACGGCCUCCAUGCGGCUUUUACGGUGGCUCACGAAAUUGGACAUCUCCUUGGACUUUCCCAUGACGACUCCAAAUUCUGUGAGGAGAACUUUGGUUCCAUGGAAGAUAAGAGGCUUAUGUCUUCCAUCUUAACAAGCAUUGAUGCUUCUAAACCCUGGUCCAAAUGCACUUCAGCAACAAUAACAGAAUUUCUGGAUGAUGGCCAUGGUAACUGUUUACUGGAUCAACCACGAAAACAGAUCUUGGGCCCUGAGGAGCUUCCAGGACAAACAUAUGAUGCCAUUCGUCAAUGCAAGCUGGCAUUUGGGUCUGAAUACACAGUGUGUCCUGGAAUGGAUGUGUGCUCUCGUCUGUGGUGUGCGGUUGUUCGCCAAGGUCAGAUGGUGUGUUUGACCAAAAAACUCCCUGCUGUGGAGGGGACGCCAUGCGGAAAAGGAAGGAUCUGCCUUCAGGGGAAAUGUGUUGAUAAAACGAAGAAAAAAUAUUACUCGGCUUCAAACCAUGGGAACUGGGGUUCCUGGGGACCAUGGGGACAGUGCUCUCGCACAUGUGGUGGAGGUGUUCAGUUUGCAUAUCGUCACUGCAAUAACCCUGCACCUAGAAACAAUGGCCGGUAUUGCACAGGAAAGAGGGCAAUCUACCGCUCCUGUAAUGUCCUGCCGUGUCCUGCCAAUGCUAAAGCUUUUCGCCAGGAACAAUGUGAAGCAAGAAACGGUUACCAGUCCGAUGCAAAAGGUGUCAAAACCUUUGUAGAAUGGGUCCCCAAGUAUGCAGGAGUGCUGCCGGGAGAUGUUUGCAAGCUCACUUGUCGAGCCAAAGGAACUGGCUACUAUGUAGUUUUCUCUCAAAAGGUGACUGAUGGAACGGAAUGCAGGCCGUACAGUAAUUCAGUCUGUGUCCGCGGCAAAUGCGUGAGAACAGGAUGUGAUGGCAUUAUUGGCUCAAAGCUGCAGUAUGAUAAAUGUGGAAUCUGUGGCGGAGACAAUUCCAGCUGCACAAAAAUUAUGGGAACCUUUAAUAAAAAAAGUAAGGGCUACACAGAUAUUGUGAAAAUACCAGAAGGAGCAACACACAUCAAAAUCCGACAGUUCAAAGCAAAAGACCAGAGUAGAUUCACAGCUUACUUGGCCCUGAAAAAGAAAAAUGGUGAGUACCUUGUCAAUGGGAAAUACAUGAUCUCAACCUCAGAAACCAUCAUUGACCUCAACGGAACUGUCAUGAACUAUAGUGGCUGGAGUCACAAGGACGAUUUCUUGCAUGCAAUGGGACAUACAGGCACGAAGGAGAUCCUAAUUGUACAGAUUCUUGCAACUGACCCAACUAAACCAUUGGACAUCCGUUACAGUUUUUAUGUGCCAAAGAAGCCAACCCAAAUGACAAACUCUGUCACCAGCAACAGCAGCAGUAACAAACUGGCAACGCCGCUCACCCAACCCCAGUGGGUGACUGGACCGUGGCUUUCUUGCUCUCGAACAUGUGACACAGGCUGGCACACAAGAACUGUCCAGUGCAAAGACAGAAAUGAAAAAUUAGCUAAAGGGUGUCAUCUGUCUCAAAGACCUUCAGCAUUCAAGCAAUGCUUGCUCAAAAAAUGUUAACCUGUGGUUCCGUCAACUUCUUAAAAAGGAGCCUCAUUAAGUCGUAGUUGACACUUUGACAUAAGGUCUACCCCGGCACAGAGAAAAGCCAACACUUCAAUAUGCUUUCAUGUUGUCUCAAAUUAUGGGCAGAAUCUGCCUAUUUGGACCAAAUGAAGAUAUGCACUGCUCUGAGUCACAGUGAGGUGAUCUUGAUAUGUCAAAGGCACUAAACAUUAGUCGCUACAAGCCCUUUGUAUCUGCAAAUAAGAAGAGGAUAAACCAGUGAAUCAUCUCCCUUAUCUCACCUACCUCUAACACAGUAUGUCCUUAGACAACUUGUCAUACUUACCCACGAUACCACAAUAGCUUUUUUAUACUAUUUGUAAAUAUCUCUGCUUUGGUAUGUCACUUUAUAAUCACUUGAUCAUCUUGUGGAAGAACAAAGGCCUUUCUAUACAACACAAGUGAUUGACCAAAGUAUGUCUGCAGCCAUUGAGGACUCCACAUUUUCAAAAAUGGCUGCGGAUAUUUUACUGGAAAGUUAAAGAGCUUGCUGCUUUAUUUAAAAAAAAAAAAAGAUUUAAUUUUUGACAAAAGGAAAUGCAUUUCCAUCCUAGGAAUUUCCUGACAAGACUUUAGUUCUGUAUUAAUGCCUUUCUAACCAGAUAUUCUCAUACAAGUGGACCUCUGCAGCAAAAAGAGAGAAAGAGAAAGAGCUGCUAGUAUGUAUCUUGAAAAUGUAAAAAGGGGGGCAUACUUAAUUCUGUUUUAGCAAGUGAGAGGGUCAUGAUCCAGUCCCAUAUGUGCAUCCUUCCACGUGCAGGGAGACAAUGUGAAGGAAUUCUACAUGUGAGAGCAGCACAUAUAAGAGAGUUUGGUGAGGCACUGGAUCACGCCUUCACUGUCUCAAAUAUUCUGAUACCUAUUCACAUCUUUCUUUUAUUAGUUUCACAGUGGCUUCUACUGGAAAUCUAACAAUGUAGUGAAUUUGUUAUCUACUGAAGAAGCUAUGAAGAAAUCAAAAUACAUAGCAUAGGUUUCUUGCAUGUAGCAAUGUAUUGUCUAAUACUUCUAAUUUUGGGAUGCAUUUUUACCACUCGGACAACACCAAUCCCAAUGCACAGGCUCAGUUAUGAACCAAGAUAUAUUGUGCACGAACUGUCCCAUUGUUGUGAUGGAGCAUGUGCAAUCUUCUGCACAUGUGGCUUGGGCCACUCCAUUGAAUUCUUUCAGGUGCACCUCAAAACUCCCAUACAAUUGGGGGUGCCCAUGCACAAUUUGUUUUAAUUAGUUAAUUUUAAAACAAAAAAACAAAACUAUAAAAUAUAUUUAUUUUUUGUGACAUUGCAUAUUUUUGUAGAUUAAGGCUGCAAUCCUAUACCCACUUACUUGGGAGUAAGCCCCAUUGAGUAUAAUGGGACUAGCUUCUGAGAAAAUAUGUACAGUAUAGCUCAGCAAGGGCCACAAGAAGUGAUAGCUAUAGUCAGUGCUUUUUGGGGGGGACCCAGGGGUACACAUACCCCUAAACAUUUUGUGAAUAUAAGUUUAGCCUCAUUGAGGGGCAGUAUUUCAAUAUGAGUAGGAAAAUGAGAGUAUCCCUAAACAUUUAUUUUAGAGGAAAAAAAGCACUGGCUAUAGUCAAUAUUCUGAAGAGUAUUUCCACCAAUAAAAGGGUGCAAUUUUUUCCAGGGCAUAGGCAAAUAAAUUUUCCAUUUUAGAAAGGUAACAUAAAUACCUCGAUCUGAAAUGUGAUGAAAUUAAUUGAAUUUUGGAUGAUGUUUAUAUAAUAUGGAAAAUAUAUAUAUGGGUAUAAAAUCUCAGUAAAAGAAGAUUGCCCCUCUGUUCCUAGUGCCUUCCACAAAUAUUGCAAGUAUGGAUAAUUCUUGAUUUUCCAUUGCAAUUUAGUUUUAGAUUUCAGGGGAGUCAGGACUAUAUCUGAAAGUACCCAAGUUUAAUUUUGAUCUAAAGUAUUUGCACUCCAGCACCAGUUCUGAUGUUGUUCUGGAACAGUGGUUAGAAUGCACCAUUCUAAGCAUUUAUUUUAUAAUGUAGGAUGUUUUAGGGUGAAUAGAUUGUUAAACCACUCCCAUUUAUAUAGGCCAGGAGGAGGAAACCCUGUGGCCCUCUAGAAAACUAUGUGUUUGCAUUCCUGUUGGCACUCCAGAACCUGUGGCAUUUCAGACAUCUUUCACCAUCCCUGAACAUUGGACAUAUGAACUAGGCCUGAUCAGGUUUGGAGUCCAACAACAUCGGGAGGGCUAUAGGUUGCCAACACCUGAUACAAGUCCUGUUUACAGCUAUUUCAUUGGAGUACAGUAGUACUCCCAUUCAUAAGUAAUAGCCUGACUUGAUAAGACAUUAUCAUCAAUGAUGAUUGACAACUGCACUUUCACAUCCAAGUCAGACUGAUGCCCAUUAGGACUGGUAGUGCAGAAGGCAGGGAGACCAACAGUAGAUAGAGACAGAGCCAACAUCAGCCGGAACCAGAGCCAAUGACUGGCGGAGCCAAUGAAUUCUCAGUAUGUCUCUAGUCUCUUCUCUGUUGCAUUAUAAAAUGGCAACACCAAAACUAGCAAGGAGGAAGCUGGCAGCAGCAGCACCCGCUGGACUGAUUGUAGGAAGGCAGGCAUGGUCCUAAUUGCCCUAAAAGACCAGCCAAACAGAUAUGGCUUUGAAGAAUGUAGGUCCAUUUACUAGGUACAUAAUAUGUUGAUCCAAACAAACAGGUGUUUCCAGAAAACACAUCGAUCGAUUAAAACAGCUGUUCUCCAGCACUGUUCUAGCAUAUGUAAUUACGCAUAGCUAGUUGUGGCAAAAUAUGGAUAGGGUUGUGCAUCCAGAUGUAGAUAAAAAAGUGCAUCCCAUCUGUAGCAUUGCAAGGUGAAUUAGCAACAUCCACAUUCAAAUGCACGCCUCCUUUUUAUACCUGUGAUUCCUGUCCAGAGAAAGAGUGCCACAUAUGAAAUACACUUCUGCAGAAUGCUUCCA